UAAAAGUAAACACAGUACAGAAGAAUGUCUUUUGUUGAUUCCAAUGGAGUUCACGCAUCAAUGCAGCACUUGGUAUCAUCCGAUGGUGCUACGACGCCCUACUACCCUAUCAUGCCGCCGAUUUCAUCUCCACCUCCGACGACGGAGAUUUAUCAAGUUCCCACCCCCGGCAUUACCGUUCCCCUUCCCGAUCUAUCAGUGAUAACAAUCCCUAAUUCAAUUGAGCCGGUUAAGAGGAAGCGGGGAAGGCCGAGGAAGUAUGCUCCCGAUGGUUCUGCCAACUCGGGGAUAGUCUCUCCUCCGUCGGCGGCGCAGUCUGGCGGUGGAGUUUCGCCUACGGAGGGAGGAGAUGUACCUUUGCGGAAAAAAGGAAGGGGGAGACCACCUGGUUCUGGGAGGAAACAGCAAUUGGGUGAUUUAGGAUCAGCAGGUGCAGGGACUGGAUUCAAACCACAUAUUAUCACAGUACAAGCAGGGGAGGAUGUAUGGGCAAAACUAAUGUCAUUCUCUCAAAGUACCUCUCAAGCUGUCUGCAUCAUGUCAGCUAAUGGCUCCAUAUCUAAUGUGACACUUCAGCAAGCAGCAAUGUCUGUUGGAAAUGUAACAUAUGAGGGACAGUUUGAGAUCCUGUCUCUGUCUGGUCACUUUUUACCAUCAGAAUCUGGUGGCGAGCGCAUCAGGACAGGUGGUUUGAGUGUGUUACUAGCUGGACCAGAUGGCCAUGCUCUAGGUGGUGGUGUGGCAGGAGUUCUUACUGCUGCAUCGGCUGUACAGGUUAUUGUAGGCAGUUUUGGUAUGCAAGGUCAAAAGCAGUUGAAAUUGGAUCAUUCUGAUGGUUUUGGCGUGCCAUCCUUGCUGCACCCCCCUGGAUCAACAGCGGCUAAAAGUCCAUCGUCACUUGGAACUGUAAGCGAGUCCAGUGGUGAGCCUGUGAGCCCUCAUAAUCAGCUUGGUGAAACUUCGAAUAUUAGCACUCCUGUAGUUGCUAAUAACUUUCCCUGGUGAAUGAUAGGAGUGAUGACUUGCCUCAUUUCAAUGAUUAUCAUAUCGAGAACUUUGUGUUGAUAUUCCAUCCAUCCGUUGUUAGAGAAGCCAACCUUCGUGUUGGUUUAGAUUUUCUUUCUAAUUUUAUUAUAUAAGCACCGUUGUGUAAACAUUAAACGGAUCUCAUUGCUAUCAGCUGAAUUUUUUAUUUGGAAAUUGUCGAGUUCUAUUUCUCGACGAGGCAGAAAAUUUGAAGUUAUAUAAAACUCCUUGCGAGUUCUAGAAAA